AUGGAGGCCACUCAUCCUUACGCAAAGGAGCUACAACUGGCUUGCUUGGCGGUACAGCGGGCCACGCUUCUCACGAAAAGAUUGCUCGAAGCUGUCGACAAGGGAUCUCUCGACAAGAGUGACUCUACACCCGUGACGAUCGCCGAUUUCGCGGCCCAGGCACUCAUCAUUGGCGCCGUUCACCAUGUUUUCCCUGAGGAUGAGUUUGUGGGAGAGGAAGAUUCCAAUGCUCUUCGUGCCAAUCCGGAGCUCCUCGAGCGCACCUGGGAGUUAGUGUCGACGACCCGUCUCGAUGACGAGGAAAGUGAAGGGUUGCUCUAUGCUCCGAAAUCCAAGGAAGAAAUGCUUUACCUGAUCGAUCUUGGCGCGCAGGGCAAAUGUAACCCCGACACUCGAGCUUGGGUUCUUGAUCCUGUGGACGGGACUGCGACCUUCAUGCAGGGCCAGCAGUAUGCGGUGUGUCUGGCACUGGUGGAGAACGGGCGCCAGAAGCUCGGUGUGCUGGGAUGUCCGAACCUCAAUCUUGUUACUGGGCGUAUCCAAGAGGAUGUCGUGGACCGUGACGGUUAUGGGUAUCAGGUCUUUGCGGUUACUGGCCAUGGAGCUUGGAAGCGCAAGAUGGGCCGCGGAGCUCUCCUUCCAGCUGAAAAGAUCGCUUCCCGGCCUCAGAUCACCGAACCAAAGGAUCUUGACUUUGUGGAUUGCGGAUCUGCCACAUCAUCCAAUACCGAUCUCCAUGCGCGUGUGGCAUCGACACUGGGUGCUCCGUGGCCGUACACGACCGACCUGUGGUCUACACAGUUGCGGUACAUCGCCAUCGCGCUCGGUGGGUGUAAUGCCCUCUUGAAAAUCCCGCGCAAGGCAUCGUAUCGCUCGAAAAUCUGGGACCACGCAGGAGGCAUGCUGAUUGCCCAGGAGGUUGGGGUGAAGGUGACGGAUCUUGCCGGAAACCCUGUCGACUGUAGCCUGGGCCGGACCCUGGCUGGAUGUUAUGGAAUGAUAGUGGCUCCUCCUUCUAUUCAUGGACGACUGGUGGAGGCCGUGAAGGAGGUGAUGCAGGAGCAGAAGAACUGA